GAGAGAUAAGCUCUUGCCUGCAGCUGAAGCUUCACUCUGCCAGGGCCACCCGCCUUUUGGGGCUGUCAUUGUUGCCAGGACCACCUCUGUCCUCCUGCAGAUACAAACAUGGGCUCAUCACAGUGACCACCUGGGGUCCAGACUGCCCCUCCCAGGGAAUUAGGAGUGACUGCCUCAGCAGGAGCGUGGAGCCUCUGGAUGGAUCUUGGGACCUGAGCCCCUCAUGUCUGCCCUGCUGAUGUUGUGUGUGGCGCUCUUGCUUCUGGGUACCCCCAGCCAUGGCGCCCGGCCCUGGGAGCCCUGCACAGACCUCCGUCCCCUGGACAUUCUGGCAGAGGUGGUCCCUCUGAAUGGAGCUACAAGUGGGAUCCGGAUGGUGCAGGCGGAGGGUGUGCGGGGCCUCCAGUUCUCAGCCCCCGAGCCCCGUACCACGAGCUUCCCUGCCUCUAGGAUCUUCUCCAGCUGCGAUCUCUUCCCUGAAGAAUUCUCCAUCGUCGUCACCUUGAGGGUUCCCAACCUUCCACCCAAGAAGAAUGAAUACCUGCUCUCCCUGCUGGCGGAGGAGAGGGACACGCUACUGCUCGGCCUGAGGUACUCACCCACACGGCUGCACUUCCUAUUUCUCAGCGAGGACCUGGCUGGUGCCUGGCAGACCCGCGUGUCCUUCCGGAGCCCCGGCCUCAUGGACAGCCGAUGGCACACUCUGAUCUUGGCUGUGUCCCAGGGAUCCUUUUCCCUCACCAUGGACUGUGGCCUCCCAGUGGACAUAAUGGCUGAUGUUCCCUUCCCACCCACCCUAUCAGUAAGAGGAGCCCAGUUCUUCAUUGGCAGCCGGAAGAGGACGAAAGGCCUAUUCACAGGCGUGAUAAGGCAACUGGUUCUGCUGCCUGGCUCAGACGCCACCCCACAGCUGUGUCCCAGCAGGAACGCCAGACUGGCUGAGCUGUCCAUCCCCCGGGUGCUGAAGAGGCUCACAGGGAGGCCUGAGGAUAACGAGGUGCUGAAAUAUCCCUAUGAAGCUGACGUGAAAGUAACCCUGGGAUCCCGGCCACCGUGCACCCAGGCAGAGGGUGCCCAGUUCUGGUUCGAUGCUGCCCAGAAGGGGCUAUACCUGUGUGCUGGCAGCGAAUGGGUCUCUGUGUUGGCAGCCAAGACCAAGCUGGACUACGUUGAAGAACACCAGAGUCUGCCCACCAACUCAGAGACGCUGGGCAUCGAGGUCUUCAGUAUCCCCGGCGUGGGGCUCUUCGCAGCCGCAGCCAACCGGAAGGCUAGAUCGGCCAUCUAUAAAUGGACAGAUGGGAAGUUUGUCUCCUAUCAGAACAUCGCCACGCACCAGGCGCAAUCAUGGCGACAUUUCACCAUUGGGAAAAAGAUCUUCUUGGCCGUGGCCAACUUCGGGCCAAAUGAAAGGGGUCAAGAGUUCUCAGUCAUCUACAAAUGGAGCCCCAGAAAGCUGAAGUUCACUCUUUACCAGAGGAUUGCCACCCACAGCGCCCGCGACUGGGAGGCCUUUGAGGUGGACGGAGAGCACUUCCUGGUGGUAGCCAACCACCGAGAAGGGGACAACCACAACAUCGACAGCGUGGUCUACAGGUGGAACCCCAGCAUCCAGCUCUUUGAAGCCAAUCAGUCCAUUGCCACAUCCGGUGCCUACGACUGGGAGUUCUUCACAGUGGGGCCUUACUCCUUCCUGGUGGUGGCCAACACCUUCAAUGGUACCUCCACCCAGGUGCAUUCCCACCUGUACAUCUGGCUUGUCGGGGCCUUCCAGCUCUUCCAGUCAUUCCUGACAUUCGGUGCUGCAGACUGGGAGGUCUUCCACAUUGGCCAGAGGAUCUUCCUCGCGGUGGCAAACAGUCACAGCUACGACGUGCAGAUGCAGGCACAAAAUGACACCUACGUCCUCAGCUCCGUCAUCUACGAGCUGAACAUCACGGCUCAGACCUUUGUCAAGUUCCAGGACAUCCCCACCUGCAGUGCCCUGGACUGGGAGUUCUUCUCUGUGGGAGAAGAUCACUUCCUGGUGGUGGCGAACUCCUUUGAUGGAAACACCUUCUCAGUGAACAGUAUUAUUUAUAGGUGGCAAGGCUAUGAGGGCUUCGUGGCAGUACACAAACUUCCCACCUUUGGCUGUCGGGACUGGGAGGCCUUUAACACCACUACCGGCUCAUACCUCAUCUACUCCAGCGCCAAAGAGCCCCUCUCCAGGGUCCUGAAGCUGAGGACUGGCUGAAGUUACCCUGGACCCCUCUGCCUCCCCUGCCACCAAACCUCCACCAGCUAGGCAUGUGCAGCAGGCAGGACCCACCAGCCCUCUCUGGUCCUGGGGCAGGUGGAGAUGCCUGUACACCUCUUUAGACUCUCUCUGAGCUGGCUCUUCCCCUGCCCCCAGCUUGGGGCUACACCGGAACCGCAGUCCUGGUGACUGGUGGCCAUAUUUCAAGUGACCCUGGGCUCCUUCAGGCUGAGGCCCAGGGCUGCCACCCAAUCUCGGUGCUCCCGGCCUGUUCCUGCAGGAAUUGUGCCUUCAAGGGACAGUUGCUAUCACAUUUUACCUCAAAUACAUAGGCCCUGGCAGUCUCUAGGGCCCCGGCUCUCCCAGCGACCCCUGCUGUGCAGCCUGAUGCACAUGUCAUGACCAACACCUAUUUAUUGUAUUUUAUCUAUAUGAAAAUAUAUUUAUAUUGCUCUUUA